AUGUACUUCAGAGACGUACGCCUGGAACUAGCUGCGCGAGAGCCGAAGAGGCUGAACGUAUGCUGCGUGGCCAGCGACCAUUCCGCAUUCGUAGACGAGUUCGAAUUGCUUAAAUGGAAUACUAUCACCGGAAAUCCCGGGAAUUUUUCGGCUUCUUUGGAAUUCAACGUGCCUAAGACGGAGGACAGGAGACGACAGAAAGCAUUCUGGCGAGCCGGAAAGGCGCGGUACUGA